AUGAACAUGUCUGGCGGCGCACCAGGAGAGGAGCUCACAGAUGAGGAAAAGGAGAUCAUCAACAGCGUACUGGCUCGUGCGGCCAUGAUGGAGGCCACAGAGCAGCAGAGAAUCGAGCGUCUCUCCAGUCGUCUGGAUAAUAUCAAGAGGACAGCCUGUGGUGACGGGCAGUCCCGCUGUCUGCUUUGUGGGUCGUCCUUUGGACCACAGGGGGUCACAGCUGUCCUUUGUGUGCAAUGCAAAAAGCACAUGUGUAGCAAAUGUGGGAUUUCGAGCAACAACGGGAACUAUCCAACGUGGCUGUGCAGAAUCUGCAAUGAACAGAAAGAGGUACAGAAGCGUUCGGGAGCCUGGUUCUUUAAGGGGAGAGGUCAGCAGGGUCUGCCUGCCCCCCUCCCUCUCUCCAGACCUCAACAGGCCAGCACUGAGAGCAGAUCUGAGCCACAGCAGCAGCAGCAGUCCUGUGGAUCAGAGCAAUGGGAGCAGACAGCAAGAACAACAGCUGACAGCUAUAAUGAGAGCCGGUCCAAUCCAGCAGCUGUAAUGAAGACGGAGCGACAUGUGUUAGCCUCCAAACCGCCUCAGGCAAACGCACAGCAGGUCAACUCCACUUCAGACGUGGAGAAGAAAGAACAGACAGUGUCCCCUCCAGCGGUGGAGGAAAAAAGACAACCUGCUGUUUCCAGUUACAUUUCAUCUCCUGCUCCUGUGACAAGAAUUGUUCCACCUGUCAAUCCUCCGGCCAACAACCCCAAUCCUCCGAAACCCACACCCGACCGAACAGAGGAGGAGGACAAUGACUACGACUCAGAUGAUGCCACCACUCUGGGAUCUCUUGAGUUCAGUCUCCUUUACGAACAGGAGAGUCACGCCCUGCACUGUUGUAUUGUCAAAGCAAAGGGUUUGAAGCCGAUGGACUCAAAUGGACUCGCUGACCCGUAUGUUAAGCUGCACCUGUUACCUGGAGCCAGUAAGUCUAAUAAGCUUCGCACCAAGACACUUAAAAACACUCUGAAUCCUGUGUGGAACGAGACGCUCAUCUACCACGGCAUCACCGAUGAUGAAAUGUCACGCAAAACACUUCGGAUUUCAGUGAGCGACGAGGACAAGUUUGGACACAACGAGUUCAUCGGAGAGACGCGAGUGGCCCUGAAGAAAUUGAAGUUUGACCAGAAGAAGAACUUCAGUGUUUGUUUAGAGAGAGUGAUGCCGGUGAAGAAGGCCGUAGGAGGCUCGGCCCGUGGCAUGGCUCUCUACGAGGACGAUGUGAACGAGGCUGAGGAUUCGGAGGAGAGGGGUCGUAUCCUGGUGUCACUGAUGUACAGCAGCCAGCAGGGUCGUCUCAUCGUGGGCGUUGUCCGCUGUGCUCACCUGGCCGCCAUGGACUCCAACGGAUACUCUGACCCAUUUGUUAAAGUAUUUCUGAGGCCAGAUAUGGGAAAGAAAGCUAAAAACAAGACACAGAUAAAAAAGAAGACCCUCAAUCCAGAGUUUAAUGAGGAGUUCAGUUAUGAAAUAAAACACGCAGAACUGGCCAAGAAAACUCUGGACAUCUCAGUUUGGGACUAUGACAUGGGCAAAUCCAAUGAUUUCAUUGGUGGAUGUCAGUUAGGCAUCCAGGGUAAAGGAGAGAGUCUGAAGCACUGGUACGAAUGCCUCAAGAACAAAGACAAGAAGAUCGAGCGCUGGCAUGUUCUGCUAAAUGACAACACCGUCCAGUUUGAGGAUUAA